AAGGAAAAGAAAACACAAAGAAAACCGAGGAAAGUAAUCAGUAAAAAGAUUAUUGUUAAAAAGAUCGCUGAUAAAGACAUUUUAAUGAAAUUAAGUGAAAAUACGGAGAAUUGUAAACCGGAAAUAGCAAAUGUUUGUGCCCCAAAUGGGAGUUCAAACGAUUUUCAAUCGCGGAGAGUAUCAAAGAAGAAACGAACGCAAAGAUUAUAUAUCGUUACAACAGGCUUAUCUAACGAUUUUAAUUAUCAUAGAUGUUCGUCAUGUUCUUAUAGAGAUAAAAGUCUAGUUAAAAGCGUCGUUCGAGCUCUUGGUUCUGCAAAGAUUGAGCCAAAUGUUACAAAAAAUACAACACACGUAGUAACGACGGGCGUGCGAACGAUAAAUCUAUUGCAUGGCAUAAUAAGAGGCUGUUGGUUGGUCGGCCUCGAGUGGGUUUUAAAGUCUUUAGAAAGCAAAGAAUGGUUAAUACCAGAAGAUUAUGAGAUGGCACAUUUCUCGAAAGCAGUAUCGGAGAAUCGUAAAGAUAGACAACUGUUUGGGAAGUCUUAUAUACCAGAGUUGUUCACUGCUUGUGGACCCAUGUACAUUGAGAAGACCACGAAAAUACCAUUUGAUGCUUUGAUAGAUCUUGUAAAAGCAGCAGGUGGUUGUAUUACUAAUAAUCCAGAAACAGCUAAAAUUCUAGUUGGCUCAGGAGGGUUGAAAGAAACUUGGAUUUUAGAUUGCAUUACGUCAGGUGAAUUGCAGUCAUACAAUCAGUAUCGACACUCGUGAACGCUGAUGAAAUCAUGUAACUAAUGACAUUUUUUUACAUUUGGAAAAUAAUGGUUUGUGUCAUAAAUUAAUCAUGUGUAAAUGCCAUUAAAAUGUGAAUGUUAUUGUACAUGUAUAUUACACAUCUAUUUCUCAUUAUGCAGAUACAAUUUAAUUGUAUCUGUGCCAAAUAAAAGUCUGUAUUUAUAAAUGAC